AUGUCCAUAAAUUGGUUCAAUAAUCUCAGUAAUCGCAGUUUGGUGAUUACGAUCCUGAUUUGCAUAUCCUUAAUCUAUGUGUCGUACACAUUUAAUUCGUGUCUUAUCACAAAUUUGGGACGCACCCUUAACAAGAAUUCCCUAAAGCAGUUUUUUAUUACCACCUCAUUAUGGUCGGGUGAUAAUAUGCUCGUUGAGAAUGCCACCAAAUUGGCAGUGGCCAAUAAUAAUACCACCAAUUUUACCAAUGGAAGCAGUAAUACUUCCACCAAGGACUCUGUCCAUCCGCAUUUACACAAUAAUAAACUGAUGGCGAAAAAGUCGGGAGCCCAAAUGAACUCUUCCACCACCUCUGCCUCAGCUCCACGUAUUUUAGAUGGUUCUCCAAAAUAUCGUUUGCUGCGACAGCAGGGUUCACGACCCUCACGCCACUUACCCGAUACCUUAAUUAUUGGUGUCAAGAAAUCUGGUACUCGUGCCCUUUUGGAAUUUAUACGACUUCAUCCGGAUGUUCGUGCUGCUGGUUGUGAGGUGCAUUUUUUCGAUCGCCACUAUCAAAAGGGUUUACACUGGUAUCGCCAUCACAUGCCAUACACCAUUGAGGGUCAGAUAACCAUGGAGAAGACACCGAGUUAUUUUGUUACCAAAGAAGUGCCGCAGAGGGUGCAUCAUAUGAAUGCCAAUACGAAACUCCUGGUUGUUGUUCGUGAUCCUGUUACACGUGCCAUAUCCGAUUAUACCCAAGCGGCUAGCAAAAAAGCCGAUAUGAAACGUUUUGAAGAUUUGGCCUUUGUCAAUGGUUCCUAUGCUGUUGUGGACACAAAUUGGGGACCUGUAAAAAUUGGAAUUUACUCGAGAUAUUUGGAAAAAUGGCUACACUAUUUCCAACUGUCACAAUUGCUGUUCAUUAGCGGAGAGCGUCUCAUAAUGGAUCCAGCCUAUGAAAUUGGACGUGUCCAAGAUUUCUUGGGCCUCAAACGUGUCGUUACCGAAAAACAUUUCUAUUUUAAUGCUACCAAAGGAUUUCCGUGCCUCUUUAAAUCGGAGGCCCGCUCCACACCCCAUUGUCUGGGUAAGACAAAAGGUCGCAAUCAUCCUCAUAUUGAGGCGGCGGCCAUUGAAAGACUGCGUGAUUUUUAUAGGCCAUUUAAUAAUCGUUUUUAUGAAAUGACAGGAAUUAAUUUUGCCUGGCCAUAA